GGGCUAGCAAGUUAUUAAAAACAAAGAUCGACGAACGGGCGCAAGGAGGUUCACGAAAGUUGGCCAUUCUAUUGCCUGUCUUUCCAAGAGAGGAAGAAGAAAACGGCUUAUUGAAUCCUGCACAUCAAUUCUGCAACCGGCAGUGUAGCUGAUGCGCCAUAAAGGAAAUGGCCCUUUCUAAUGUGUUAAUACUUAGCCAAAUCGCUGGCCAUGUAUUUGCAUUCAUUCUUUCCAUGUGUAUCUUCAUUCCGCUCGCGAUUCACGUCCGGUCGUUCGAUGGGCACUGCUUACUGUUUACCACCGGUACAUGGCAAGAAAAGGAUGGACUCUUCGAUGUGAAAUGGGCUUCGGAAGCAUACUGUAACUAUCCCAUCGUCGUCGGUGUUUGCUUGUUCAUCAUUGCCGGGGUUCAGAUUUACAGGAUGGCUUUACUGGCGUACCGAGAACUUGAGAGUUCGUUUUUGGGACUAUUUUUUGACGUGGUAUUUAGUAUCUCGCUUUGUACAAUGACUCUGAUCGCCGCCAUCACUAUCACUCUUGGUUUCAUGGCCUGGUGCGGUGAGAUGACCGCACGUUUUCCAUCAUGCGAUAUUGCGGAUGGACAGAAUAUAACGAACGUGGAGCUCAACAUUCAAACAUCCGGUUUCUACAUUGAAAUGGGCACGGCACAAUUUGGCGCAUGGGCAUCUUUCGCAACCUGGGUAGGUUUGUCAGUUUUUUCGCUGCUAAAACUAAUCAACAACCAUCAGGUUCGCAACAUCCGCGUCUCGAUGUACAUCGAAAGGCAGCGUUUGGUAAAUGAAGAGGUGUACCGUAAUACAACAUCCGAGCUCCCUUCUGGAGCGCUGAGUGAUAACUAAACAUACAAUACUGUUGGAUCUUUUCCGUGUAACACGAACCAGUACGACUGGCUGUCCAAAAUGAAAAUUAGUAAUCAAUAAGAACAUCCAUUAAGAUAUUUUUUCCUUACGUUACUGUCAUUGUAUUUGGUGUUGUACACAGCUUUAUUUUAACAUUCUACUCGAUUCAUGUACGUAUACUGUUAUCGCACAUCUAUUAAAUUUAUUCUGAGAAGUUAAAUUCCAUUACUCUUUCGAAUUAAGGUGGAAAAGUGAAAUACAAAACUAGUAAGAAAUAAAUAUAAUCACUGAUAAAAAGAAUGUAGCAUUUUCCGGCUGAUGGUAUUUUGUGGAAUGUGUUUCUAGAUUAAAAUAUAUGCGAUAAGCGGUGACCCUUUAGUCAAACAUUUUUUCUACAAUGAUCAGUUCAAGAUGAGCAAAACUGCUACAAAAAAUGGGAUGAUAAGAAGAGUCAGAUACGAACAAUUGUUUUGCUUUAAGCAGGAAGGUUAUGAGUCAUGCUGUACCAGCACAUCCAGCGAUUGUGAACUUCAGGCAUCUAGCAUAUACUGGUCAGAAUUUGCAACCAAUACGUACGUAGUCCGUACAAUUUCAAAUAAUAAAGCAAUAGCAAGUAUUGAUAGCCUAAAGCUGACAAGAU